UUACCUUUCUUACAUACCCCUUUUCUAUUUAGAUAUUUUCAGCCUUUUGUAUAAAACUUUGUCUAGUCAAAAUUCAGUUCUUGUCUCAAGUUGUCUUGUACGGAACAGGCCUUUCGUCUGCUUCAAAUCCCUAGGGUUGCUGUACAUUAACAACGUUUAUAACCGAAGUUGUACUCGCGCAGUGUGUUUCAAAGAGAGUUUAAAAACAGUCUUACUGAAGUGAUUUGGGUGAUAAAGUUAUUUGUGAUAGAAGAAAGACGUUACGGUUUUGGAAGGACUUUUUAACGUUAAUUUAAAUGUGCAGCUCUGCGUAUUUAGUCUUGUUUUAGGGUAGAUUUAUUUUUAUUUGGUCGCUGGUAUAGAAAGAUGGGGACUACAAAGAAGAAGUAUCCGGUUAAUGCGAAGGAUUACAAGCUGUAUGAGGAAAUUGGUGAGGGAGUAAGUGCGUCGGUGUAUAGGGCGCUUUGUGUUCCAUUAAAUGAGAUAGUUGCGAUCAAGAUGCUCGAUUUGGAAAAGUGUAACAAUGAUCUGGACGGCAUUCGUCGGGAAGUACAAACGAUGAGCUUGAUAAAUCAUCCAAAUUUAUUACAGUCCUGUUGCUCUUUCACAACAGGCCACAAGCUUUGGGUUGUUAUGCCUUAUAUGUCGGGUGGAUCUUGCCUGCACAUAAUGAAAUCAUCUUUUCCCGAUGGUUUUGAAGAGCCCGUUAUUGCUACCCUUUUGCGUGAGGUUCUUAAAGCAUUGGUUUAUCUUCAUGCACAUGGCCAUAUUCAUAGAGAUGUGAAGGCAGGAAACAUAUUAGUUGAUUUUAAUGGUUCCAUAAAGUUAGCAGAUUUUGGUGUAUCUGCAUGCAUGUUUGAUGCAGGUGAUCGGCAACGUUCGAGAAAUACUUUUGUUGGAACUCCUUGCUGGAUGGCACCUGAAGUUAUGCAGCAAUUGCAUGGAUACGAUUUUAAAGCAGACAUCUGGUCAUUUGGAAUCACAGCGCUCGAACUUGCUCAUGGCCAUGCACCUUUUUCAAAAUAUCCACCAAUGAAAGUGUUGCUUAUGACUCUACAAAAUGCACCGCCAGGUCUUGACUAUGAACGGGAUAAAAAGUUUUCAAAGUCUUUUAAAGAUAUGGUUGCUGCUUGCUUAGUGAAAGACCCAAAAAAACGUCCCUCUUCCGAGAAGCUUCUGAAGCACCCGUUUUUUAAACAUGCAAAAACCGCUGAUUAUCUAGAACGUUCCAUACUUGAUGGUCUUUCUCCGUUAGGUGAUCGUUUUAGGAUGCUAAAGGCCAAAGAAGCAGAUCUUCUUGUACAGAACAAAGAAUUAUACGGAGAUAAGGACCAAUUAUCACAGCAAGAGUAUAUAAAAGGAAUUAGUGCCUGGAAUUUUAACUUGGAGGACAUAAAGAAUCAAGCUGCACUUAUCAAUGAAUAUGACGAAAUUUCAAAUCUAGAAGAACCAAAAACUUCAAACCAACAAAAUGGGAUCAGUGAUAAUUAUUCAGAUGCUAAAUCGCAAGAUACAGAUGAUGAAAUUAUAAACUUGGAGAGUUCAUUUGCAUCGUUUCCUACUCCGUCUCUUCAAGCACUUAAGGGAUGUUUUGAUAUUUGUGAAGAUGAUGUGGCAACUGUCAGCCCAACUGAACAACCCCCUGUGCAGCUGUCAAUGAAAGCUAGCGACCAAGAAACCGAUAAAGACGAUGACAUUAAGCAACUUGGACGAAUUAAAUCUUUACAAAAAACAAGUAUCCCCGGACCAAGAAAAUAUAUGAGCGGUUCACUGCUACCGGAUAAUGUUCGUUCUCCUAAAAAGUUAAUGAGCAACGGUGAAAGGGACCUUCACCAACUGAAGUUUCAAGUGGAACGUAGUAGCAGUGGCCCAAUACAACAUAUUCAGAGGAAUAGUUUGACCCACUCUUUGUCAGUAGAAAAUGUAUCCGAAGGAGCUGUGGUCCAGCAGAAGGGGCGUUUUAGAGUCACUGAAGCAGAUUUGAGCCCCAAAGCUCCGGUUCUUAAUCCAACUCCAACUAUAGGUGUACCAGCUGCCUCGCUACUUCCAUCUCUGCAAAGUAUUUUGCAGCACAAUACAGUACAAAGGGAAGAAAUACUUCGAUUAAUCAAGUCUGUGGAACAAACUCCCAGUUCUUCUUCAGGAAAUGCAGCGGAGCAUGUGGAGACAGGAAACAGUGAUUUCUCACAAAUCCCUCCUACUCCAAGGGAGAGAGAACUGCAUUCUCAGGUGAUACAGUUACAACAAAGCCUUGGGAGUCUAGCUGAGCAAUUGCAAAAACAGAAAAUGAAAAAUGUUCAGUUGGAAAAGAAAUUGAGUGAUUUGAUGAAGCAAAACAGCAUCGAAGAAUGAUCAUGAUGACAAGGAUGAUGACGAACAUUUAGCAAGAUUUUGGCGACACAGACUCAUAAUUUGUCCUUUUUUAAUCUCUUUUUUAGUUUACAUCGAGGUUGUGUCGAGUCUAGUAGUAUUUAACAUUUUUUAAAAUGUGAAUAUGAGGGGGGAUUAGAGGAAAUUAUGAGUAGCUAUUUCUAGCAUACAUCAUUUUAGUGGAGUGAAUUCCCCCCCUAAGUUUUUUAAGUUAUAGACAGUUGGAUGACUAGUCCUCUGCAACAUGAUUUGUUUGAUAAGGUUUUUUUUUCUUAUUUUUUUUUUCUUGUGGUUGAAGAUCUAA